AUGGAUACUUUCGUCCAGUGGCAAUUCGGUCGAAGUCUAGGCAGCAACCUUAUUGAGGAUCUGGCUGAAAGGAAAAUGUACUUCGACGGUUUCUUUAGCCCCGGGCCUUAUACAUUCUGGCAAUAUUACUUUCCAGAUCUUGCCCGAGUAUUACGCACGGUUGGUAUCUAUCUAAUCCCAAGAUGGGUGGAUACCCACUUCAAGGCUAUUGAAGAUUGGAAUCUGGACAAGUGCGAUAGAGCUCAGCAACUUCUGGCCAGGCAUGAGACGCUGGCCGAAGCGGAUCAGCCAGUGGUCUUCGAGCAAGCCCUCAAGUCCAUGAGUGAGGUUGACUCGAAACCUGGUGCAUAUCCGCAACGUAUGGAGGUCGCGAGUGAUAUGUUCGCUCAUAAUUCUGCCGCGUUUGAAACAAGCGGUAACACCGAGACUUACUUUUUUUAUGAAAUGUGCCGAAAUCCUAUCUGGCAGAAACGUUUACGAGAAGAGCUACUGACGUUGGAACCACAACUGAAAUUCGAACAGGGGAAAAAGUACGAGAUCGAAGACCUCCCUUCAUCAAAGGUGGUCGACGCACUGCCAAUUCUACAUGCCGUUAUCGUGGAAACCAUGCGACUUUACCCAUCUGUUCCGGGUGGCCAGCCUCGAGUAGUGCCCAGACCUUGUACGCUAGGUAGUUUCGAGAACAUUCCCAAAGGGACGAUCGUACAGUCAUAUGCCUACGCACUUCACAGGACGCCAGAAAUCUUUCCAGAUCCGCAUCAAUGGAAGCCGGAGAGAUGGUUGGACGCUUCUCCGGAACAGCUGACUGUGAUGAAGAAAUGGUUCUGGCCGUUUAGUAGUGGUGGUAGAAUGUGUAUUGGCAGCAAUUUCGCAUAUUACUCUAUGAAAUUUCUCGCUGCCGGCGUGUACACAAACUACACCACAACCAUUCACGACCAUGGUGAUAUGGAGCUACAGGAUUCGUACCUAGCCGGACCAAAUGGCCAUCGGCUGGAAGUCAAAUUCCAUAGCAACACACAUGAGGAUGCUAUAAGAUACUGA